CCCCCAACACACUUUCCUUCCUCUCCCUCCGUUCUGCAGCUCUCUCUCUCCAUCUCUGAAAAGACCGAAAAACCAGAAAGCUCUUUUGCCUGCAGAAAAGACCUUUCUGGGUUUUCCGUCAAAUGGCCUCCGCCUUCCUCCUCCUCCUCAUCACCAUCCCCGCCGCGUUAUCUCAUUCGAUCCUCCAAUUCCCGCACGUCUCCGACUACGACCGGAAGCUCCGCGCCGACGACAACAUCUACUGCGACAGCUGGCGAUUCUCCGUCGAGACCAACGACGCCGGGAGCUGGGACAGCAUUCCCUCCCGGUGCGUCGCGUUCGUCCAGGACUACAUGACCGGCGACCGCUACGCCUCCGACUCGGCGAUCGUCUCGAAUUUCUCGCUGGCGUUCGGCCAGGGCGUGAAGCUCGGCGGCGACGGGAAAGACUCCUGGGUUUUCGAUAUCGAUGAGACGCUGCUAUCCAAUUUGCCGUACUAUCAGGAGCACGGCUUCGGAGCAGUGACAUUCGAUGAGGUAUCUUUUGAUAAGUGGGUGGAUUUGGCUGAGGCCCCUGCUAUCCCAGCAAGUUUGAGUCUGUACAAGGGGCUCCAACGGUUGGGGUUCAAGAUUUUCCUGUUAACUGGGCGGAGCGAAUUUCAGAGAAAUGCCACGGUGAACAACCUCGUAUAUUCAGGUUACAGCGACUGGGAGAGGCUGCUACUGAGGGGACCUUCAGAUAAAGGAACACUAGCGACUGAAUACAAAUCCAAGAAGAGAGCAGAACUGAUAAACGAAGGUUUCCGAAUUCAUGGGAGCUCGGGAGAUCAAUGGAGUGACUUGUUGGGCUUUGCAGUCGCCCGACGAUCCUUUAAACUUCCAAACCCAAUGUACUAUAUUGCGUAAAUAGUUCUGUAAUAUAAAUUUAGCAUUGCUGUAUUUUCUCUUCACUAUGUUCAUCAUGGCCACCAUGAAUAUAUUUGAUUUUGGUUGCCAUUUGGAAAAGCCUUGUACGAUAACAAUGUCUCUGCUACAAUCUUUCAGUUACAGACAAUGUAAAUCCCAUUUGAAUUUUAUAA